GGCAUUCUUAAGUUAGUCUUUGUCUUUCGCUAUUAACGAGGAGUAACUUUUUUUAUCAGUGCACAGUUUGACCUUAAAAGUGAGCUUCGAUUCUGCGUUCAAUGUCCUCGAACUAGACAUUUAACAUGUGAGAUCAACAAGAACCCGCGGUAUUACAUUCUGUCAACCUCAGCAUUGGUCUUUUACAGUGAUAUAACCUCAAACAUCUCUAAUAACCAAAUCGCAUUAAUGAUGACGUAUAUCACACGAUACGAGUUGUAAGAUCAAGCUUCCCGAUGAAAACCAAUCGACACCUUUGUUUCCUAACCUCAAUCGCGUUGAUCAUCGUCCUGUUCUGGCCGGUCUUCGCGGACCGGAAAUGGCCGGACCAGCCGCGGGCGGAAGGAAGCGACGGAGGCGCAGUGACCGGACACCCAAACCGGAAGUUGGAUUCAAUCUCACCGGAAAUAGCGCGGCUGGGGCGCUCCGGGCCCGAACCUGACUUCCAGCUCGACGAAGGGGCUUUGGAGGAUGUUUUUGGGGCUGAAAAGAGCGACUACGAGGGGACAGAGGAGCGCAGUCGACGGGUUAAGAGAGCUAUCUCUAACAAUCCCUUUUAAUCUGAUGUGAGGAGCCGGCAAGA